GAGGAAGAGAGAGGAAGCGUGACGCGGUGGACGGUGCGGGAGACAUAUGCAUGGGACGCUCUGAUUGGCCACGGCGGCUGCUAUGGCCGCCGAUUGGCGUACCGUACGCAUAUAUCCCAAGGCACAGCACGGACGCGCACGUACACCCGCGAACCGCGUAGCAGUCGCUCGAGCGACCGAGGACAGUGAGAAGAGCGACGGAAACGGUCGGUCCGCGCGCGCGUCGUCGCCGUCGCCGUCGUAGUUAUAGUCGUAGUCGUUGUCGUCGUCGUCGUCGUCGCGCCGCCGCCGCCGCCGCCGCCGUCGCCGCAGCAGCAGCAGCAGCAGCAGCAGCAGCAGUAGCAGUAGCAGAUAGUUCCCUUGCAGGACAAAAAAAGCUUCGUGUGCGACGUCUGUGGCGCGGAUGGCUCCAAGAACGACGCCAGUCUUCAGCCAUAACGAGUAAGAGCUGUAGAAUCAUCGCGAAAGAAAGAGAGAAAGAAGAGAUAUUAUAUAUAUAUAUAUACACAUAGUGUGGAGUCUCGACGUGAGGAGGAGUGCGGUCCGGGCGCAACGCCGACCGCCUCGACACAACCGCGUAUACGUAAAACCCGACAAUCCGUCAAAGUUAGAGCCGCCGUAGGCAAUCAUUCUCAACUUGCCCUAUAUUGUGUAUACCAGAUUUUAGAAGCCGAUUAUUAGUAGCGCGAGUGUGCAUCGCUGAACGGAGUGAUACGGGGGGAACGAGUGAGGAGUUGGGAAGGUAAGCGUGCCGCGGCGAGAGCGAGAGCGACGGAGAGAGAAGGAGACAGAAACGGAGCGGAGUUGAGCGGAGUGCGGAGUUAAAACCGCCGUAUACGACACGCAGAAGGACAAAGACCGCGGCGUUGGCAUAACCUCUAAUUCGUUCGCGCCGUACGAGCGAGGCAGCGGUGCGUCAAGUCACGAGGUAUUCGUAACGACAGAGAUCGAGUGAGAGCGAGAAAGAAAGAAAGAAUAUAUUUUUGCAAAUGUGUAACGCGUGACUUUUACGUGGGCGACUCAAAGUACGAAAAGAAAGAGAGAGAGAGCACGUGCAUCAUUACGUCCGACGAAAAGGUGACCGGAUCUGUUUAAAUUUGUUUCGCGUUCUUCCGCGACACCUGGUAUACGAGUAUAACGCGUAGGUGCGUUUUACGUGCGUGGUGGUGCAACACGGGUGGUGGUGGUGCGCUCCGUCGGUCGUUCUGGGCGCCGUGACGUAGCGGAUAUAUAAGUAAAAAAGAGGAAGGCAAAAGGGAAACACGCGCACACACACACACACACACGUCCGCGGACACGGUGGCCGACUGAUCACCACCGCCGGAGUCGAGUGGAAUAGCGAGCAUCCGGUUGAUGGAUGAGACUGGCAGGAUGCUGCAACACGGAGGAUCAGGUGUUGGUCUGAUGGGUGGAAACCAGGGACAGGCAGCCCAGAACACGGCCGGCUACGGCAGCAUGGGCCCGGUCGACGGUACCGCGGCGCAGGGCCCCGACCAGGCGGUCGAAGCGAGGAAGCAGGACAUUGGCGAGAUCCUGCAGCAGAUCAUGAACAUCACGGACCAGAGCUUGGACGAGGCGCAAGCGAGGAAGCACACCCUCAACUGCCACAGGAUGAAGCCUGCCCUGUUUUCGGUGCUCUGCGAGAUCAAGGAGAAGACAGUUUUGUCGCUGAGAAACACGCAAGAAGAAGAGCCGCCAGAUCCACAGCUAAUGAGGCUGGAUAAUAUGUUGAUCGCCGAGGGAGUCGCUGGACCAGAGAAGGGUGGUGGCGCGGGAGCCGCCGCAUCGGCAUCCGCUGCAGCUGCGGCCGGUCCACCCGGGCAACCGGACAACGCGAUCGAGCAUUCGGACUACAGGGCCAAACUCGCUCAGAUUAGGCAAAUUUAUCAUCAAGAACUAGAGAAAUACGAGCAGGCCUGUAACGAAUUCACUACUCACGUAAUGAACCUGUUGAGGGAACAGAGUCGCACUAGGCCUAUCACACCGAAAGAAAUCGAAAGGAUGGUCCAGAUUAUUCACAAGAAGUUCUCCAGCAUCCAGAUGCAGUUGAAACAGUCCACCUGCGAAGCCGUAAUGAUUCUGAGGAGUCGAUUUUUAGACGCCAGACGUAAAAGAAGAAAUUUCAGCAAACAAGCGUCCGAAAUUCUGAACGAAUACUUCUAUUCCCACCUCAGUAAUCCUUAUCCGAGCGAAGAGGCCAAGGAGGAGCUUGCACGAAAAUGUGGAAUUACCGUGAGCCAGGUGUCCAAUUGGUUUGGAAAUAAGAGAAUACGCUACAAGAAGAAUAUCGGUAAAGCGCAGGAAGAAGCGAAUCUGUACGCAGCCAAGAAGGCAGCCGCAGCUUUUGCAGGAGCAUCGCCAUACAGCAUGGGCGGUGCCAGCCAGGGCACCCCAACGCCGAUGAUGUCGCCGGCGCCACCCGGAGGACCGCAGGAUAUGGCCGGAUACAGCAUGGGAAUAAACGGCAGUGACUACGGCUCGCAGCCGUACAACGACGGCUCCAUGGGAUACGACCCCAUGCAUCAGAUGAAACGAAAUUCUUAGAAGGCGACAGAGAGUGAGAGAGAGACACCGGAUCAGACAGACACGCAAAAGACACGCAGUCGAAGCUAAGAUAGAGAGCGAGAGCGAGAGAGGGAGAGAAAGAAUGGGAAAGUGUGAAUCGUGCGAGAGACAGAAAGAUAGAGGGAUGAACGAGAAUGGAGGAGAGAAAGAGGGAGAGAAUGGGAUCACAGCCAGGGAAAAAGAUUAUAAGAACGCGAACGUGAAAAUCAGGACUGGUGCGUGUACAUUGAUCUCGGCCUCUCGUGCUUUUUUUAUUGUGUUUCCAGUGAUGCGUCAGGCCGGCCUAAAAACGCUCGCAAUUGUGUAGAGAGAAAUUCGAGCGAAACUUGCCGCAAGCUCUCGAUAAGAGAGAAAGAGGGAAAAAAAACGUGAAAGAGAAACGUCAAGAGUUAGAAAUAACGAGAGAAAGAGAAAGUGCACGCGAGAGAGAGAGAGAGAGAGAGAGAGAGAGAGAGGCAAGCUGAAAUUAGAAGCUGAGACGAGAGCCGGUCGGGACACGGUGUUUUCCGUUGCAACAAGCGGCCAGUCUCUUUCCCUAAAACUCAGUUUUCAAAGAGAGAAAGACAAGUAUUUUCGAAGGAAGGUCGCAGAUUUUUCGAGAGACUCUAGGAACGAGAGAAAUGUGCUCGAAGAGACGUUGUUAGGUCCUUUGGCUCGCGCGAGAUGCCAGUUCCGUUCUCAUUUAACUCAUCGAUAGUGCAAUAUGUACGCAGGCAGACACGUCCGCUCGCGUGUUCCGACGUUUCGAAAUUUUUCUCCGCCGACCCUGUGCUUCGCAAAGGCGUUCCAGCGGCAACGAGAUUGUCACGCGUUUACUGCAGAGGAAGAUCUUCACACUCCGUAGACCUCGAAAAAUAGAAUUUAUUUUUGAACCAAGCUGCGGGGGAAAGGACCACGUGCGUCGCGACACACGUUAAAGAUGUGAGUGCGAUAUAAAGUCGGUUAAAGACUCGUGUUAGUCCAAGCGCCAGGAAGCGGUCGAUAGCGGUCUUUGAAUAACUCGGCGAAAUUUGCCGAUAAACGACAUUGCGAGGAAUAGAGAUUGAAAAUAGAGAUUUCAUGCGAUUUCGACGUUACGAAGAGAAACCGAGACGUCCCGGUCCCAAGUGUUGAUAGAAAUGAUCUCUCUCGUUGACGUCUCUCGUAUCGACGUACAUUCUAUCAACCUGAAGAAUAACGUCGACAUGGAAGAAUUUGAGAACGCAACGGCAAUCGAGGAGACGCGCGGAUCGAUUUUUCGGACUUUAAUCUUUCCGGAUGUUUCGUACACAUUGAAAUGCCACGCACCGAGGAAAGCGAAAGGCUUCUCGUCCGUGCGUUUCUUAUACCCUCCAGAAAGACGUCCUCGCCUUUGAGCUCUUCCCUUAGGAUUAGAUCUCGCCAAGUGUGCAAUAAGAUAGCGAAACUUUUUUUUUUUCCUUAGAUUAUAGAGAUACGUUAGAUAGGCCAUUUGUUACGUAGAUAGUAAAAGUUCUGGUGGCAGCAAGCGAUAGGUUUUAGUUUCGAUUGUUAGUCGAUCGCAGCGAGUGUCUCGGACGGGUGCUAAGGAGCGCGAAUCGAUUCUUCCAGUCGCGGAUUUCGCGGAUUUCGGAAAAUAAGGCCUUGAAAUUUAUUCGCGUGAAAAUUUUCCCCGUUGCUUCCCUCCUUUUACAGUUUCGGUGUCUGAGAGAUCAACAUUGGAAGACACAUCAUCAGUAAUGUGAAUCACACGAAUCUGUGUCCGUUUGUACAUAAAUACUUGACGGCGUACACCCACUCCACUACUCUACGUACUGCGCGCGAUUUCAUGUCGCUCUUUACACACGGCUUUCGAUACUUAAUCUUUAGAGACUUAUUUAAAGGCAGCUCUUUAUACAGUUUAUACACAUACAUUUACACACCCACAGUUUUCACAUAUAUAUGAUAUGUAAAUAUAUAUAGGCUGAUAGAAGGAAAACAAGGCAACAUGGAGUGUAUCUUAUAGUUGGAGAGAUACUAGGACAGAUAGUUUUCGUGACAUGCAUGGCUGCAUGUAGAAUUUCAAGACACGAGAGCCUCCGAAGCAAAAAACUUGUCCAUUUUUGGACUCGAUUAAGAAAUACGUUUUUACAAGUCACGAAAGAUUAGGAAACUAUUUAUGAUUUGUCAAUGCUAAUUUAAGAGAUUUAAAAAACGUUUCAAGUUAUACGUUAAUGCUAUUUUCCGAGGCCCACGUGUGUACUGGUUUUACAAGGUAGUACGUGUGUGUGUGUGUGUGUGUGUGUGUGUGUGUGUGUGUGUGUGUGUGUGUGUGUGUGUGUAUGUGCAUGAAAGAGAGAGAGAGAGGGAGAGAGAGUGUGUGUAUGUGUGUGUGCGUGUGAGAGGGAGGAAGGGAGAAAGAGAGACGAUUGAUUGGGGAUAUGAACGAAUGAACAGGUGGAAGACCGAAAGCUGGAGAAAAAAAGCGUGAUAGAGAGCAAGUGAAUGGAAUCAAAAAUUUCAUUGUAGUUCGUUUUGUGCAGAGUUCAGAUUUUCGCGUAGACUGUAGAAUAGACGCCGGCUCGUUGCAUCGGCGACUUCGAAAGGAUUUCCCGAUUUGACGUUUACCUUUACAAUUACUUCGAUGAUGAAAAUAAUAUCCGAGUGACAAGUUUUGAGGAUAAAACUGAGAUGAGUGUUUGAAUCCUUUCGAGAUGCAGGUAACGAAAAACGAAUGAUCGUAACCAAUAUCGCGAAAUUGUUCCAAGAUAUCGAACAGGAUGUUUACUACUAGAAAAACCGGAAUUUUUGUUUUAUCCUUCAAAACCAUGGACUUUUAUGGAAUUUCAUUGAUAAGAGAAAUUUGGGGAAAAUUUACUUUUAAAUUCUUUAAAAAUUUCUUUUUCUACCAAAAUUGCUUCUUUGAUUUUUUUUUUUUUUUUUUUAAAUAAUGCAAAGUGUCGACAAUCGAUUUGCAAUAAAUACGGCAUACAUUCACAUACAUUCUCACGUGGCUUGCAAGUUUUUAUUUAAAAAAAAAUGAGCGACAAUAGAGAAUAAUACGUCGUUUCAAAUUGUGUAUUUAAUACGUUUCGAAUUCUGUACUUUCUGUGAGCUAGAUUUCCGUGCUAUAGACGGAUCAUUAUAGGUUAUUUAGUUCAUAUUAUUUAUUUUUUGUUUUUUUCAAUAUUAAUAUUCAAAGCUUAAAUGGUUUUUCUUUGCGAUUAUUGAUAAUUGAGGAACAUUAAAAGAUAUAAUAAAAUAAAUUUUAAACUUUAAAACUGCGUGAAAAAAUUCUCCAAUCUUGAAAUUUUAAAUGAAAUUGCAGAAAAAUCCGUAAUUCUCACUCUUGGGAAAUUGUUUCACAAAAUUUGGCUAAACACCCUGUCAAGAAUUUCACUCGCCUAAGCGAAGUAUUCAAGUACCUUGAAAUUUUCGCUAUGUAACGUGAGUCUGUCUCUCAUUCCUGCGUAGCCGAUGCAACGUGAUCGAACUUAGGGAAGGUUCGGCAUACCCAAUAAGCGAGUAGACCGAACGUUCGCCUUUGAGAGCGAAACGCGAUACGAAGCAAGUUGUUUUUUUUUAUCGGGUAUCGAGGCGAGGCUUAGUGACCAAUGACACGCUAUUUUGUCGCCAUCCUGCAGGGGAUAAAGACAGAGGGCUAAAAAUCAAUUGCAAAACAAAAAACAAACAAUCGAAAAACAUGACGCAGGGCAAGGCAUUGGCUGGGGGGCCAGGCGCGGCGGGAUGGAUGCAACAGCGCGAGGCGGUGCCCGAAUUUCCGCCUCUCCACGAUUCAGCGGACUCUGAUUCCGACCGGGAAAACGAAAAGCGACCACGCGUCUAAAGACUCUCACAUUCGUUUUUUCUUUCUUCCCUCACCCUUCCCUUUGAGGCGGAUACAUGCGUGGUAGGCGAGAGAGAUUGUACGAACGAUGCGUGCGAACGAGCGAGCGAGCGAGCGAGCGAGCGAGCGAGCGAAAAAACGAGAACAUCCGAGUUCUCACACCAAGGUUACCAUCCCGCGGACGAGCGAUCGGGGCUAAACCCUCCGUCAGGGGCUGAACGCCAGUACUAGCGACGUUUAUUUCCUGGAGGCUGGAGGGGAUGGUUGCUCGUCCGCGGUAUUGGCAACUUUGUCUCAUACAGCAUCGCAAUCCCAUCGACAAGAUACAACACGAAACAACACGGUGGGGAAAAAAAAAAAAACUUACACGAAG